AUGCACGGAGCGGCGAGAAUCGUCAUUAAAAUGCCGUGGCAGGAAGAGCGGUCGAAGGAGGAAGAAAAUAACUCCGGUUCCAGUCCACGGCAAACGAUGACGCUAGAGGCAAAGGUCACACAAGUUUCGUCAGUGGACGCCACAAGUCCCUCUGAGUCAGCAACCGAAAAGAAAGUCAUCAGAGAAGUGGAUACUGCAGGAAGAAACUCUGCCGCAGCAAAUGAUGAUCUGAGGGGCAGCCUUUCGACCUCCAGCGAUAGUCGCGCUGUGGUUGACGUAACGGAGGCACUUCCCUCGCAACCCUCAAAUUUAUCAGGUAGCGAUCUUCGUCCUAAAACUUGACUGAUAUCUCCUACGACCGUCACGGACCACAUGCAGUUGACAGUAACUAACAGACGAAAUUUGAAUUCAAAUCGAAGACGACUCCGCAGAGCACUGAAUAGCUCUGAUGUGUCAAUAAGUAGUCCAGUCGAGUGCACUUCCCAUAUCAAAAGCGCAAUGAAACAUUCUUACAGGUGACAGGGUUCGAUUUGAAUGUGAAGCAAAACGUGGAGGAAGCACACAAUGAAAACCCACAAUCGCCAUUCAUCGUCAGCAGUUGGGAUUACGGUAGAUACUAAAAGACAUUCUGCAAAUGUGUUUUUGAUAAAAUACGUAUGCUUAAGUGAGGUUGUAAUAUUGGCCAUUAGACAGUUUAACUCCAGGGUAUGUUACUCACAUCCGGAUGCCGGCUUUUUAAUGAGCUUAUUUUCGGCCGCAUAAAAAACCACAUUUAAUGAAAAAAGUGACAGUUGAUGUAAUAAGAGUCCUACCCACUGAUUUUCAAUGUCCCCAUAAAUUCAAUAUAUUUCAUAGAAUGCACAAACAAAAUAUUAUUUUUUGUAUUCAUUUGGUAACAGAAUGCGUUUUCUUCAAAUUUUACACUUGAAGAAAACCUUUUCAGUUACCGAAUUAUUUUGAAUUCGACUGAGAGUUACACUUACGCCUAAGGUAUGAGGCUACGCAUUGCAUACUUUCCUAGGACGAAAAACGUAUAUUGCCUACGCUAUCAAGAUGAAGUCAUAUAGGACUCAUAAAAUUUGCGAUGGAUCUAAACCAUGCUGUACGCUUCAUGUGCAAUAUCAGUAAACAGGUAGGUACGAUGUCGCAUGGAUAAAGAUUUACGAUCUUAAAAUUCUCAUAAUUACAUACCCUUUUAAAAACGAUAAGGAAUGCUUUCCUUGGGUAAAGAAUUUGGUGAAGACAUACUUUGGUACCAAAGGUAUAUAAUAAAAAAAUAUUUUUCACAUGCCUUCAAUGAAAUAUUAGGGAUUCUGGAAAGUGACGUCGUUUUUUAAUAAAUGACAAGAGAACUGUUUGCCGGAAAAUACUUUAUUUUAAUCAGUUCUCUGAUCAUCAGUGCCAUCAAUCACCAUUAUCCAUCUCAAAAUUAUUUUUAUCACUUCCUUUAAAAAGGAAGCUUGCUCUGAUGAAAAGAAUUCUGAAGGCCUGUUUAUAAUAUCACCUUUUCGAAAAGUUUUUUCCCGUCCAGAAAGUGCUGUAGAGAUCUGAACAGAUGAGGAUCGGUCGACAUACAAUCAGGUGAAUAGGGUGGAUCGUAUUCUGAGUCUGUCAGGCUGAGGGCGGUCCAGCGUUUUCAUGCGGCAGAAUGACACAUUUUGAUUGAUUAGCGCUGGAUGUUUAAGGACAAAAACUUGGCCUAAGCGAUGUAAUUGAAGACAGUUAUUUAUGCCGUUACGAUCUGAUCUUACUGCAGUAGUUUAAAGUGAAGUAUGCCUCCCAUAUUUCACCAAACACAAACCACGACUUUCUUGAAGUAUCUAUUUUAUUUCGGAGUGGGACUUGGUGUCUGACCUGCAAAAAACUAUUGGAUUUGCGUUUUUUUGUCAUCGUAGGGAACUAACUUCUGACACUCUGAUGAAGAAAGUUUCCUUCUCCUGUUUGAUUAACAAACGUUUAUAAAUAGUGGAAAACUGGGUUUUGUUUUCUGUCGAAAGUUGAUGCGAGACCCAAACUCCUAGUCUAAUGACUAUCCGUAUCCGUUGAAGGUGCACCUCAACAGUAGACCACGACGGAUUGAGGCUUCCUGAUAAUUCCUCAAUAGAUUGACGAGGAUAUGUCCCAGCGGUUGCGCGCAAAAUGUUCUUAUUCAGUUUCACUGGUCUUCCCGAACGAUGGGUAUCAAAAAGUUUGGAAUCGUCCGAUAGGAAUGUUGCGAACCAAUGCUGGCACUUGCGGGCAUCGAAGGCAUUCGAAUAAACAUCACAAAUUGCUCUGUCGACUGCUGUUGCGUUGUUUACCCCGCAAAAUACAUACAGCAUACAGGGACAAACAUGACUGCCUCCUGGUUGUAUGUUUGCUACUUCGUUAGGUUUAAUUUGGAUAGCAAAAGUUAUGUAAAAUUCGAAAACAAUAACCAGCUGAUUUGCAAAGACACAUAAUUCAGAUGGGGCAAAUAUAAACACUCAAUAUAUAACAUUUAAAUUAUAAUCACACAGAACAGUAUUACUUCCCGCCACCCCUAAUAUAUAAAUUCGUAAGGGCAAUGAAAAUUGACGGGAAAGAUUCAUACAACACACGUAUUCACAUUUAUUGAAUGCGGUUUUUUCAUGCGGCAGGAAAUAAGCUCAUUCAAACAUCGGCAUACUGGCAUGAAUGAAACGUUUUGGAAUUAAGCGGAAUUCUGACCAACUUCGGCCGAAUAACCUACACAAAGCCGUCAAGAUCAAAGAUGACUGUGUGCGCUUACAAAAUUCCGCUGAUCGCAGCCUUCCGGGACAUUGGAUUAUUGUAAUGUAACGUUCAUUAAGGUGCUGCCAUGUGUGUGGACAGAGCACAGUAGACGUCGAAUCGGAGGCACGGCCACCGAGUUUCAACAAAGAGCAAAGUCGGCUGGAGACGCGUACAGGCUUUGUUCACAACUAUGCUCAGUGCUCAAUAAUGAUCCUGGACAGCUACGUGGAUAUACUUCUCCUGGCACAUUGUCCUAAACCAUAACUCACUGUUGAGCUCUCCUCUGGGAUGUCGCUGUUCGAUGUCGCUUACUAAGUAAUUAUCAGUCGGCCAGUUCAUAACUCCCAACAAAAUGUGUGCAGGCGUAUGAAUUGCCAUGGCUCUGGGAUUCCACAUCGAAGAGUCUGGGCCUUACUAGCAGAAUGCCCUCCGAAAUUCCUAACUUAUGAUCUGUAGUUGUGAACGCCAGGUCAUUUAUGAGCAGUUACCCUAUUCAAUAGUGCUUCAAACUACGUUUGACAGUUUUGCUCUUCUUUAUAUUAAGUGUGGUUUAAUCAUUUUAAACCGCUAGGACCUGCUCAUAUUCAAAAGUGACAGCUCCUUGCAGAGACAUUCCGGCAGAUUUUUUAUUGGAUAACAUGACUGAUGGCAGUGACUCCUCAGGUUGAUGAAAUAAGCCACUGGCAACGAUGGUGGUCUAGUGCAAUGCGUUGAAAAUACACGCGGGAUAUAACAACCUAUAAAUUGUUAACACAUUUUGAUACGAGAGAGGGUAAAGCGUAUGAUGCCGUUAAAUAAAAACUCGUUUCUCCGCCUGAACGCAAACACCAGGUAACAAAGCCAGCUUUCCGGACGUCCACAACAUCGGAUCUCCUCUAUAAAGCCUCAUCUCUGUCUUGAAGUACCUGAAAACUAAUCACGAAUUGACUUUAAACGAACUGGGACCUUAAACCUAUUUUUAUAUUAUGCCAACAGAUGUACAGGAAAAACUAGCGCCGGGAAUUUCAUGCUCCAUCUCAAGGACACCAGAAAAGGUAACAAGUGCAACUACUUCGUGAUUGAAGAUUUGAAACUGUGUACUUUGCCCUAUUUUAUAGCUCUAGCUAAACAAGACGCAAAAUUAUGAACUCCGCGGUUAAUCAUUCUUCAUGCCCCGAAUUUUAUGACUGUUCCCUAGGGCUUCAGUACAAUGCAUGUAGUAUAACAUUUAGAUAACACUGACGACACUGAUGGCGGAAAGUCGACCAUGCAAGGGAUAGGGGUCGAAAUAUGUUCGACAACCUUUUCGUUUUGCACCUUCUCAGAAACCCAGCUGAAUCCACUCAACAGCGUUGGACUUGAGUUAUAGUACAAAUAGUUUGAGCACGUUUUACCAAUCCAUUUUUUAUGAGAAAUGCUGUUUGUUACAACGCGCUAUGAUUUAGUCCUUCUAACCCACUAUAUGACUUAUUGAUUUCUUGGGUAGUAGUGGGUCGAUUCAUCACAAACCAAAAUAAGCGCCUGUCUACCGCAUGCAGACAGAGCAGGUAUUUUGUGAAAUAUGACCAAAAAGUAGAAAGGUGCUUUCUUCCAGGCAUGUUUACAUAAUUGUCGCUUUCUUCUCCGACUAAAGAUUCCGCACGGUGUUACCAGCGUGACUACUACCGGUUCUAUUUCUACCACAUGGUGGAAGGACACUAA